CGUUAGAGAAGGUGUCGAAGAUAAUGGGGGCAAAGAACUUGGUGAUAUUCAAAUUUCAAAUGAAUAUAUGGAAUUGGAAGAAGAAAUGUCCAAAGACAAGAAGGCACUGCUGGAAGAGUUUGAACGGAGAAGAAAAGCCAGACAAUUGAAUGUUUCAACAGAUGAUGAUGAGGUUCGGAGAAGUCUAAGACAGUUAGGUGAGCCCGUUUGCCUGUUCGGUGAAGGACCAGCUGAAAGGAGAGUGCGUUUAAGGGAUCUGCUUAGUUAUCUCGGUGAAGAUGCUAUACAUAAAAAGUUAGAGGAAGAGGAGGCGAGGAUAGAAAGGGAUAGAGGACGAGAAGGGACCUGGUACCAUGAGGGUCCUCCGGAACUGAGGGAUGCGAGGUUGUGGAUAGCUAGAUAUUCUCUGCCUAGAGCUAAACAACGGUUAACGAAGGCUCGUGAGGAAUUGAAGUUACCAGGCAGCGUGCGAGCUGCUGCAAAACAGGAGUCCCAGAGGAAGGCUUCCGCUAUGUCUAUAUACUGCAGUCAGAUAGGAGACAGUCGUCCGAUCAGUUUCUGCAGAUUCAGUGAUGACAGCCAGAUGCUCAUCACCUCCAGCUGGUCAGGUUUGAUAAAGGUGUGGUCAGUGCCGGAGUGCACUCCGCUGCAGACCCUCAAGGGCCACACCUGCAACGUCAGCAGCGCCGUCUUCCACCCGCAGGCCGCGCUCCCGCAACACUUCCACAAUAAGAUAAAUAAUGCCAAAGAAGGUAAAGAUUGUACGGAUAUUGAGGAGAAGUCAGAAGUAUGUACGAUGGCGUCGUGCGCUUACGACGGCAGUGUACAUCUAUGGAACUUUGCUAGCGAGAGUCCAAUGGCGUCGCUGGAGGGGCACGGGCCGAGCCGCGUGGCGCGCGUUGAGUUCCACCCCUCGGGCCGCUUCCUCGCCACCACCGUCUUCGACAACUCCUGGCGCCUCUGGGACCUGGAGACUGCAACGGAGGUGCUCCAUCAAGAAGGUCACGCUAAACAAGUUUAUAGUAUCGCUUUUCAAGGAGAUGGCUCAUUGGCUGCUACUGGUGGUAUGGACGCGUUCGGUCGUGUGUGGGAUGUGCGCACGGGGCGCUGCGUCAUGUUCCUGGAGGGGCAUCUCGGCCCCGUGCUGGGCGCCGCCUGGCACCCCGCCGGACACCGCCUCGCCACCGCCGCCGCCGACCACCAGGCAAAAAUCUGGGACAUAAGAAAACGAGCACCGAUUUACACAAUUCCUGCGCACACACAUCUGUUAAGCGAUAUUCGGUACCAACGCAGCCACGGCCACUAUCUGGCGACAGGGUCGUAUGACGGCAGCGGCAAGCUGUGGUCCGACCCCGCCUGGCACCCCCUGCGCACCCUCUCCGGACACGAUAACAAGGUGAUGAGUGUGGACAUCUCUCUAGACAACAAAUAUGUCGCGACCUGCUCCUACGACCGGACAUUCAAACUGUGGGCUCCAGAUCUCGCGUAAACUACUAAAUAAAUCCAUUUUAUUA